AUGAAAGGGCUCAUUUCCAAGUAUGGAUCAUUGUAUACACUAACUCGACCUGGUGCUGGCAGUAUGUUUGACACGUUCCCGGCCGAAGAUGCCAGGAAGUGGACGGUCGAUCACACUCCCCAUGUCUGGCUGAUCUCAGCGUGCUACCUCGGCUUCGUACUCACGGCACCUGGAAAAGUCGUUAUGAAGCACGGAUUAUUGCCACAAUGGUACUAUUACAAUGGUCUGAUGCAGCUUUGUCUUUUGGUGGCAUUUCUUCCGCAAGUGCUUUUAUCAUUGACAGCAGGAUGGAGAGAUUCAGUAUGCAGCAACCAUUCGCUUUACAAUGGAGCCAUAAGCGGCACUGUUAUGUUUCUGUUCGUGUUUUCUAAGCUUCUUGACCUAGCUGAGACAGUGCUUAUUAUACUGGAAGGUCGUCAGCCUCUUCUAAUCCAUAUUUUCCAUCAUAUCAUCACACUCCUCUUUACAUGGCAUAGCUAUUCGCACCAUCAUUCUCUUGGCAGAUGGUUCGUAUUCAUCAAUCUUUUUUCGCAUGUAAUACUAUACUCCUAUUUGAGUCCAAAAAAGUUUGGCAUUGCUCCAUGUUGGCUAUUUGUUGCUUUUACGCAAGUGUACCAGUUGGUUUUCUGCCUCAUUCUCUGUUUCACAGCACAAAAUGUAAUCGACGAGGGUGGUAAAUGCGAAGUUGACCCGGGCCGUUUGUCUUUGGACAAAUUCGUGGCAGCCGUUUUCUUCUUUAUCUUUGCGGACUUUUACCAUGUAAAGUACCGGAAGUUCCGCGAAACGCACGACUGUGCCCUGGCUCAGUAUCUGAGAAGCUCUUCCACUCGUUCGAUACGCCGAACCACACCUCGUCGAAGUCCGCGUGAUUUUAGCAUCCGACCGUAUUCUCCCACUGGCAUCACUCCUUCAGAUCCAUACAUUACAAAUUAG